GUGUGUGGUUCUCAUGAGUGUCAUAACCUGGAUUUUUAUUUCACCUGCUCAAAUUCGAUCCGAACUCGCGCUGACAGUUUCCAGUGACAACCGUGAUAAAAAAAAUUCCUGACAGCCAUAUAUAAUCGCUAGUACUAAUGCGGAGUCCUAUUAUUUGCAUUUUCAACCGUUGUUCGUUUCGAUCUCGUCAAAGUCUGUGUUCGUUCGCACAAAUCCACGAGACCGACUGGCGAUUCUACACUGUCAAUCCGAGGGAUCAUAUUGACAGUCUUCUUGAAGAGGAGACUGACAAAUUGAAGGGAGUAAAGUGGAAAAUCAUGGAAACCUUCAACUGGUUGCAUGACGUUGCCCCAGCUUUCCCAAUCGACGCUGCUAAGAUUACGAUAAUCCAUGAGCCAUCGGUAUUCUACUCAACUUUACUUGAGAGAUGCAAGAGAGCUGAGAGGAGAAUAACACUGGCAUCCCUUUAUUUGGGUACCCAAAAAUUGGAAAGGGAUUUGGUGAAAGCAAUAAAGACUUCGAUGGACUCCACAAAUGGGAACAUAAAGAUCAAUAUCCUUUUGGAUUACAUGAGAGGAUCUCGAGGGAGAGUCAACUCUCGGACAAUGCUCCUUCCCCUGUUCGAUGGAAACCCCGGUGACAAUUGUAAAUUAUUCUUUUAUCACACGCCCCAACUGCGAGGAAUCUCCAAAGCAGUCAUACCCCAUCGAUUCAAUGAGUUGAUUGGUCUCCAGCAUAUGAAGAUCUACAUUUGCGAUGAUUCUCUGAUCAUCAGUGGGGCGAAUCUCAGUAACGAUUAUUUCACAAAUCGUCAGGAUCGUUAUUUCCUCAUUGAGGACUGCAAAGACCUCUGCGACUUCUACGACGAGUUAAUCCGAAGAGUUUCAGAGUUCAGUUUUCGUCUGAUGCCCGGGGAUAUCAUGUCCUACACCUCUGAAUCAGUAGAUCAUCCUCUGAAGGGUUCAGUGCAGACGUUCAAUAAAACUGUGCAUGAAAAAAUUAUGUCGUUAAGUGCAACUGCCAUCGAAGAGUGCAGUGCCUCCAAGUCUGCAGAUUCAGAUACGUGGGUUUUUCCACUAAUUCAAAUGGGCUUAUUCAACAUUCGCCAGGAUAGUGAGGUGACAUUGAGGCUCUUCAAAACAGCCCCUCCAGGAUCUCUCCUCAGAAUAGCGACGAGUUACUUAAACUUAACUUCAGAGUACACAGAUGCCUUGAUUCGCGAUUGCGAAGGUACUUGUGAGCUUCUCACAGCCCAUCCCACUGCCAAUGGAUUUUUCGGAGCGAAAGGGAUAGCUGGAGGCAUUCCAGCAGCAUAUACACUCAUUGAGAAGACUUUCUUCAAAGAAGUUGAAAGGAAUGGUUUGGAUCAUCGGAUAAAAUUGAGAGAGUACAUUCGUCCCGGAUGGACGUAUCAUGCCAAAGGUCUUUGGUACACUCUUCCAAAUCAUGAGAGACCUUGCUUUACUCUCGUUGGAUCUUCGAAUUUCGGAUACAGAUCAGUCAAACGAGACCUCGAGUGCCAAAUAGCACUAGUAACACGAAAUGAAAAUCUCCAGGAGGCGCUGAAGCAAGAGCACGAUCGUUUAUACAAGAACUCUGAACCAGCCACCAAUCAGACAUUCAACCAACGUGACAGAAUUCCACCCACUUGGGUUUGUGCUGUCGCGACAUUAUUUCGUUACUGGUUUUAAACUAAACGAAUUCUAACAUUAGACAAUUUUUAUCAUCUAACCAAACGAAUAAAAUGCUCUGUUACGAGA